AUGCAGUUGAACGAGUUAGAUGAAUGGCGAGCUAAUGCAUAUGAGAACUCACGAUUAUACAAGGAAACAAUGAAGCGCCACCAUGAUGCUCGUUUAAAGCAACACAAGCAAUUUGAAGUUGGAGAUCUUGUCCUGCUAUAUAACUCAAGGUUCAAAUUGUUUGCUAGGAAGCUUAAAUCACGAUGGUCAGGUCCUUUCGUAGUUCAAACCAUCUUUUCAUAUGGCACAGUAGAGGUAAGUCACCCAACCCAAGACGCUUUCAAGGUAAAUGAACAUCGUCUUAAACUUUAUAAUAAUGAGGAUUUUAAAGACAAUAGAGAGGAGCUACGGCUCUGCAAACCUGCCUAA